AUGUUAAACAUAGGAAAUUUUAACUCGUACAUUUACAUCCCAGUUAAGAUCAACGAAAGUAUCCGGACAAAAUCUCAGGUGUGCUUUGACAUUUUGCAAAAAUUAGUAGAGAAAAAUUUAGCCAUAAUUACAGAUAAAGAGAGCCCAGCGAGUCCAUACAGAAACCAAAAGGAUGAAUUAGAUACGAGGGAUUUAUCAAACCAUGUGUUCUACCAGUUGGAGAAAUUAAACAAAUUUAAAAACAAAAAGAAGGGGGAUGGAAGACAAAAGGAAUUUAACGAUCCCUUACAUAUAACCAUAGCAGGUCCCGUGCAAAUAAAAAGGCACAUGAUUUCGUCUUUUGUUCGAAAAAUAAGUGAAGAACUGGAAACACAAAGUUGUUUCUAUCUGUUUUUUAAGAAUGGAGUGGACCUAUAUAAAAGUCAAAAAUAUACAAAAUAUUUUUGUGCGUAUUCUGUUAUUCCAGAACAGCAAGAAGCCCAUUUAGAUAUUUUAUUAAAAAAAAUAAACAAAAUAUUGAGUCAGUUUGGGUUGAUAAACAAUUAUGAUAAUCGAAUAUGUCACAUGUCAUUGGCAUACACAAAUAUCAAUUUGGAACCCGUUCUUCAAGAAAGUAAAUUAAACAUAGAUUCUACAUUUUGGUCGAAUAUUCAUGAGGCCGUCGAAGAUAUGCAUUUACAUACUUGUGCAGAAGAUGGCGAAUUUUUUAUCUACGUAAAUCGAAUUUGUGUUCGGGUUGGUAACACUGUAUAUGAAUCUCCAUUCAAAGCUCCACAGGGGGAUAUGGAUAUACUGCAGUCUGAUGAAUCGUAUGAUAGUAGCACCGAUUAG